AUGCCACGGUUGGUCAAAGCCUCGCGCCCUACAAUUCACGAUGAUCCCAUUUUCUUUAAGGCUCUGGUAACACGCCCAGAGCGUCCUACAGAAAUGGUGGAUUGGACAGAGAAAGACCAUCUUGCUCUUUCAGUUCAUGUUGUCUCUUUGACCAACGCGACUCUGGUUAACCUGAGCUGGCCGCAUGUGUUUUUGGAUGCUUUGGGUCGACAACGUCUACUCCAGGCUUGGCUGGCGGUACUGGAUGGUAGGGAAGACGCGCCGAUAUUUGUGCCUUAUAAGGACGAUCCAAUCGUUGCCAAUGCCGAAGGCGCGAACCCAUCCAACUACGUACAUUUUGCUUCCGCGCUGACAGGUAUCUGGUUCAUCCUGUUCGUCAUCAUCUUCUUCUUUAAGAUGGAGACCGGUCAUAUUAUUUGUUUUCCAGGGUUGUGUGUAGAUCAGCUCAAAACACAAAUCAGCUCAGAGCACAAGCUAUGGAGGAUCUGA